GUGCAUUGCAUUUUUAUAACAAAAUAAAAUAGUAAAAAAUCGCAGGCAUCUAGUUUUCCUGAUAAGUGUUUUUGUAUUGAUGUGGACAUUAGUUGUAGAAUAGUUAAUACAACAUACAGUGGACACUAGCAGCAGAAGCAGCAGUAGAAGCACAUAAAUAGAUAGAGAUCCAGUUAAAUAGAUACAUCAGUAGCUAGCUAACAUCUGGUUAACAUGGACGAGUCACAACCUAAAACGUUGUACGUUGGCAAUCUGGAUGGUUCGGUUUCGGAGGAUCUGCUUAUUGCGCUCUUUGGCAAAAUGGGACCAGUUAAAAGCUGUAAAAUCAUAAGGGAACCAGGCAAUGAUCCGUAUGCCUUCAUCGAAUAUUCCAAUUAUCAGGCGGCCAGCACCGCCCUGACGGCCAUGAACAAACGUGUUUUUCUAGACAAAGAGAUCAAGGUCAACUGGGCCACUAGUCCGGGCAACACGCCCAAGACAGACAUCAGUUCUCACCAUCAUAUAUUUGUUGGUGAUCUUAGUCCAGAGAUUGAAACAGAGACGCUGCGCGAGGCGUUCGCGCCAUUUGGCGAGAUAUCAAACUGUCGCAUUGUGCGCGAUCCACAGACCAUGAAAUCCAAGGGAUAUGCCUUCGUAUCGUUUGUAAAGAAGGCUGAAGCUGAGAAUGCAAUUCAGGCAAUGAAUGGCCAAUGGAUUGGUUCACGUUCUAUACGCACGAAUUGGUCAACGCGCAAAUUGCCGCCUCCACGGGAGUCGUCCAAGUCGGGUGGCCAAGGUGGCGGUAUGGGUGGCAUGGGUGGCGGCGGAGGCGCUGGCAAUGGCAUUAAGAACAACCAACGACAUACCUUCGAGGAGGUGUACAAUCAAUCAAGUCCCACAAACACCACCGUUUACUGUGGCGGUUUUCCGCCAAAUGUUAUCAGCGAUGAGCUGAUGCAUAAGCACUUUAUGCAAUUUGGUCCCAUACAGGAUGUUCGUGUUUUCAAAGACAAGGGAUUUGCGUUCAUCAAAUUCGUUACAAAAGAGGCGGCGGCACGCGCCAUAGAGCAUACACACAACAGCGAAGUGCACGGCAAUCACGUCAAGUGCUUCUGGGGCAAGGAAAAUGGUGGCGAUAACUCGGCCAACAAUGUUAAUGCAGCCGUUGCGGCGGCUGCUUCUGCCAAUGUGGCCGCUGUUGCGGCAGCCAAUGCGGCUGCUGCUGCGGGUGCUGCUGGCAUGCAAGGCCAAAUGAUGACACAGCAACAGAUUGCCGCAGCCACUGGGACAGCGUUACCUGGUCAAAUGAUGACGCCCCAACAGAUAGCAGCUGCUGCGGCGGCGGCGCAGGCGCAGUAUCCCUAUGCGGCAGCAUACCAACAAAUGGGCUACUGGUACCCACCGGCGCAGAGCUAUCCGGCCCAGAUGCAAGCGCAGUACAUGCAGCAGGGUUAUUAUCCGUAUGCCUACACUACCAGUGCUCAACAGGCCGGAGCUGUACCUGCCGGGUACCGUGUGAUGCCGCCAAAUAUGGCAUGGGGCGUGCCUGGUGCCACCGUGGUGCCAGGCGUAACUGCCGCCGCUAGUGCAGCUGCUGCCGCGAACGGUUCGCUUGCCCCACAAAUGAUGUAUAGCGCUGCGAUGCCACAAUAUCAAACCCAAUGAGCAGAGACAUGACGCCUGCUUCGACGCCGUCUGCAAUAUUCAGGCAGCCUGCAGCGACCGCAUCCGCAUCAACGUCCACAUUAUUUACAACAACAGACCAAAAUCGUGUUCGAGUCUGAAACUAUUAGCACUGAUGACAACAACAACAACAAAAACGACACAAGCAACAGCAUCACAACAAAGAGCAGGAAUUAAGAUCUGUUAGCGAGAAGACGCUUGAAAUUUACCCUAAUGUUUCAAUUCCUAUCGUUUCUACAUUGUGUUGUGUUCAGUUCAGUUUGAAUUGCAAUGCAUUAGCAUUGCAAUUUGUGUCAUCAUUCGCCGUAUGCUCUGCAGAUGUUUGUGUGUGCGUACCGUGCGUGCCGUGCGUGCAGUUGGUCGAAGCAAAGCGUCGAACUAAAAGUUGAAUCGCGCGCAGCGUCAGCGGCAGCGCUCUGAAGCUCUGGGCGACGGGCGGGUAGCUGUAACAAUCUAAUCCAAUCUAAGUACAUGUUAAAAUAAUUUAAUGAUUUGUAAUUUAAGUCAGAUAUAGGCGUAUACAAGAA